CUUGGCGACGCGCUUGCUAUGUCAAUUGCAGCAUCGUUGCAAACUUACCGCGAAUAUCGCUCUUGAUUCCAACAGCGCGUGCGAGCUCUCGAAGGUCAGCUGAGCCAGCUGAACAUGGGCAACCAGGAGACCAACCAGCGUCGCGACGAUAUGAUCAAGAAGCUCCAAGAUGAGCUCAACGUCUGGAAACAAAAGUACGAGGCGAUUGCCAAGCUCUACGCUCAGCUCCGCAAGGAGCACCUUGAUCUCCUCAACAAGUUCAAAGAAAUGAAGGAGGCCGGGGGCAAGUUUGUUGAGGAAGCGCGAAACCAGGCCAAGAGAGACAUCGAGUCGGCCUCUACCGAGCUGAAGGCAAAGAAGGCAGAAAUGACCGAUCUGCUGAUCGAGCGCGACCGACUCAAAGGCGAGGCGGAUCGCCUCCGCACCCAGUACGAGGAAGAUUUGUUCAGAACCAGACGGGAGCUUGAAGAUACCAAGGCCUCGCUUGCCGAGAUGGGUCAAUCCAAGGGCGCCGAGGUUCAGGGCCUGAUCACACGCUUCAGUGCUGAAAAGGAGGAGCUCGAGCAGCUCAACAGGACUCGCCAGGCGCAAAUUGAAGAUCUGCGACGACGCCUCGAUGACUUGGCCGCCGAAACACAAAAGCUGAAGCUGGUACGUCUCCGUGUGCAGGCAUACAGCCUCAGGCGAUAUGGGCCGGGCGAUGCGGUGCCGAUCACUUGGGUUUCCGAGCCGCACCUGGAUCGACUGUGCUCUCGAGGCUGCACCACUCACGCCGUGACUGAACUUUUGAUACAGAGCAAAGACCAAGAGUCAUCCCUGCUCCAAGGCGGCCUCGAUCAGACUCUGAUUGCUCUCUCGACCUUGCAGAAGACGUCGCAAGAGAAAGAACUGGUGCUGCAGGGUCAGCUCGACCGAAUCAAAGGCGACCACAAUGUCGUUGUCACCCGCAUGCUUGAUCAUGUUCUUCAGACCUGCGUCCUCAAGGUCGAGGAUGCCAUCUACGAGCUCGAAAGCCCUACCCACCAAGGAAAUCAGACGGCGUCGCCAGAGUACGUCCUCUCGCUCCUCGAAAAGGUCCAGACCAUCUGCAAUGACUUUGGGCUCAGUGUCGUGCGCCUCAAUACGGGCGGCGAGCCGUGGGAUGUCAUCAACACCUCAAACGCCUUUGCUCACGUUGUUGGCCAAGUCAUGCACAACUCCAAGGGUGUUGUUCGUCUGGCUGCCGAGGACGAGCUGGCCGAGCAGAUCCUUGCGAUCGUCAAGGCCGGCGCCAUGGAAGUCCGCGGCUUUUUCCUGCAAACCCAGUCGCACGCUCUGGCCUCAAUGGCCCCCGACCAACGCUCAAGCAACGUCCUGCAGAUCUCCAAGGAAACCCAGAAUGUGCUUGCCAAGGCCGGGCCCGCGAUCGAAAAGCUGAUCGUGAAAGACGUGAGCAACGUCCGCGCGGCCACCGAUGACCUCGGCGAUAUUGUCGAGCGCGAGAUGACCAACGCCGCCCGCGCCAUCGAGGAGGCUGCCAAGAAGCUCCAGGAGCUGAUGAGCAAACCCCGCGCUGUCUCUGGAAUCGACCUCAACGUCCACGACGCCAUUCUUGCCGGCGCCAUGGCCAUCACCACCGCCAUCGCCAACCUCAUCAAGUGCGCCACGGCUACGCAGAAAGAGAUUGCCGCCCACGGCCGUGGAUCCAGCACCACGGGUGCGUUCUACAAGAAGAACCACAAAUGGACUGAGGGCCUGAUCAGCGCCGCCAAGAGUGUUGCGGUUGCCACGACCUACUUGGUGGAGUGUGCCGACGGUGUCGUCAGCGGCACGCACACGAUGGAGCAGCUGGUUGUGGCCGCCGGCGAGGUCUCGGUCGCCACGACGCAGCUGGUUGCGGCCUCUCGCGUGCAGUCCGUCCCGUUCAGCAAAACCCAAGACCAACUCGAGAACGCCGCCGUGGCUGUGCGGGAGGCCACCAAGCUUCUGGUCAAGGCCGCCAAGGACGCUGCCAAAAAGUCCAGCGAAGAUCGCGUGGACGACGAGCUGGCCAAGAUGGGCCGCCACGAGUUCAAGGUCAAGGAGAUGGAGCAGCAGGUGCUGAUUCUGGAGAUCGAGAAGAAGCUCCAGGAGGCCCGAUACCGCCUGGCCCAGAUCCGCAAGCAGGGCUACCAGGAGCUGUAAAUCUGGGCCCGGACCCGCAUCCGGCAGCGCUGAUCGUGGCCUGCAACAUCGCUCGGCUGAUGUUACACUUUAUUCAGAAAAA